GAGGUAAAUUAAUAUUAAGGGUGAGAUCUGGUGUGGGUACAUCAGAACCAGCAGCAUUUUGAGUUAGAGUGAAAUCGAGCAUCGGAAGAGAUGGGAGGAGGACACGGCCACGGCGGUACAACCUACAAAGGUGUAACCAUUCAUCAACCUAAGCGAUGGCACACCGUCACCGGCAAAGGCUUGUGCGCUGUCAUGUGGUUUUGGGUGAUGUACAGGGCAAAGCAAGAUGCUCCCGUAGUACUGGGCUGGAGGCAUCCCUGGGAGGGUCAUGAUGAUCACGGAAGUGGCCAUUGAUUUUCUUAGGCUCCAGCUACAAAAACAGGAACAUCAGAACUUGAAGAAUCUGUGUUCCUGAAUGCUCGUUAAUCAAAUGGUUACUUUGUUUCAUUCAAUAAAUUGACUAUAAAAGUUUUUUUUACAUGAUUCCAUGAACAUAGCUAUGUUUGAGCACCUUACUUGUUAAUUUGGAUGAAGGUUUAUGGUAGUUGUUGUUUAGACUAUUUAUCCAUGUUUUGUGUGAGAAGUUUAUGUUAAUAUAUUGAUUUUGUGUCAA